AUGGCGGCGCUGCAGUAUUUGGAGACCCUGCGGAAUGCGCACCCGGAGCUCUCCGAGUGGUACAACGCGCUUUCAGAUCUGUACCAGAGGAAGCUAUGGCACCAGCUCACGCUCAAGCUUGAACAGUUUGUCGCCCUCGCUUUGUUUCAGGCUGGGGAUGCUCUAAUCCAGCUGUACAACAAUUUCAUAAGUGAGUUUGAGACAAAGAUUAAUCUUCUCAAGCUCGCUCAUUUUGCUGUCAUAGUUUCUCGACAGUAUUCGGAGAAAGAGGCCGCUAUAAACUACCUUGAAGGAGUGAUUGAAAAGCUUCGGAAUACUAGAGAAUCACGCAUUGAGGAGCCAAUACUCUAUAUCAAAAUGCAGAUUGGUCUAUCCAAGCUUGAGCAGGGAGAUCAAAAGGAAUGCAAAAAACUUUUGGAUGAGGGGAAGAGUUCGCUUGACAGUAUGACCGACAUUGAUCCAUCUGUAUAUGCCAGCUACUAUUGGGUUUCAUCUCAGUAUAAUAAAUCCCGUCAAGAAUUUGCAGAAUUCUACAGAAGUGGUCUCCUUUAUUUAGCUUACACUUCUGUAGAGUCUCUAUCAGAACCAUUUAAGCUGGAUUUGGCAUUUGAUUUGUCUCUCUCAGCCUUAUUGGGGGACAACAUCUACAACUUUGGCGAACUUCUUGCCCAUCCGAUUAUAAAAAGCCUUUUGGGGACUAAACUUGAGUGGCUUUACUAUGUUCUUGAAGCUUUCAAUACUGGUGAUUUAACGCGCUAUCAAGAACUAUGCCGUGUACAUGGAGCUGCUUUGAGUACCCAACCAGCAUUAGUCCAGAAUGAGAAAAAGCUUGUUGAAAAGAUCAACAUUCUGUGUUUGAUGGAGAUUAUAUUCAGCCGGCCGGCAGAGGAUAGGACAAUCCCGUUGAGUGUCAUUGCUGAGCAAACGAAACUUGCUGUAGAAGAUGUCGAGUAUCUUCUCAUGAAGAGCCUUUCGGUGCAUCUGAUAGAGGGAAUCAUUGACCAAGUCGAGGGUACGGUUUAUGUGUCGUGGGUACAACCUCGGGUUCUAGGAAUACCACAGAUCAAGUCGUUACGUGACAAGCUGGACAAUUGGGUGGACAAGGUGCAUACUGCUUUGUUGUCGGUCGAGGCUGAAACACCCGAUCUAGUUGCAGCUUAA